AUGAUAGACAUAAACUAUAAGAGAGCUAGCACUACUCUUUUUCAGCGGGUCCUACAGGAUAGCAGUGGAGAUUUGGUUUAUGCUGAAGCACAUCAAAUGGGAAUAGCAACAAACAUGGAAGCUAAAGCUGAGGCCAUAAAGCAACCACUGAAGUACUGCAGAGAACAUAACAUUCAACAGGCUCAACUUGAGACUGAUUCUCUUGUUCUCCAAAACAUCUUUCAAGAUUCAUGGAUCACUCCAUGGGAACUGAGAUAUCAGAUUGAAGAGAUCAAGCAGGACAUGAGAGCAGUACAGGUGCAGAUCACUCAUGUUUUCAGCGAAGGCAACAAGCUGGCAGACUUUCUAGCAAAUCAAGCUUUGGAUCAUUCAGAGAUCAACGUACAUGACUUUAUACUCAUGCCAUCAGAAGGAAGAAGAAUUCUCAACAGGGACAAAUCACAACUUCCUCAACCAAGGAUUAGAACAAGGAGGAUUCAGUAG